AUGGACGACCCAUAUGCAGCAUUCAUUGCCCUUGCAGCAAUCAUCAUCUUGCUGUGCAUUGUUGGAAUCAUUGUCAUCAUCUUUACAUACUCCAGAUACAUGAAGUUCCUGUCCCAGUACAGGAUUCACAUGAACACCUUUGAUAACCCUGACUUCCAGGAACCACCAAACUUCAUGAGAGAAUACGAGACACAGAGCUUGAACAUGUACGUGCCACCAGAUGAGGCCAUUGCUGACAUGGGAGAGGUAAAGAUGACAUUUGAUGAAGGCGGCAUGGAACAUUUCACGCACACAGGUCAUGACCCCAGAGUUGCUGCCGUUGUCAACCCUAUAUAUCAAGGAGAGAAGGAGCAACACCUGGAGCAUGCCUCUCCUGGCAGAGCCGAUGGAGCAACAAACUUAUAA